AUGCCCAGGCUGAAUCUGCGUUCUGAAUUUUUCACGCAGAGGGACGUGGAGAAAUGGAACGAUCUCCCUCAGUCAGUCUUGGAGGCUAUGUCCCUGCAACUCUUCAAGAAACGCUUAGGUGAUUAUUUGUGUCCCCUGUUUUCCCUCGACAGUCUGAAUCUGAACUAAGACCCCACGUCCUAUCAAAUAUUUUCUCUGAGACAAUGCUACUCAAAUGAAUUAAGUACCGUUUUAAUAGUGAAUAUUCUUUGUUCGUGUACAGUUAUUUCUGACGAGCUGACCUGUAGUCAAUAGGGUUUUCAAAGGCUUUGCCUAUUAUCCUUACCAAAUAAACUGAAUAAACUGAAUGUCAUGUUUCACCCAUCGCUACAAUACAACGCAUCGCCACGUUACAUGCUGCUUGGAUUCUAAGAGAAGGACGGUUGGGUGGUUAGUUAAAUUUCGCCCUUCCUAGUCCGCAUUUGCACAAGAACUCCAGCUCAAAAAUAAUCAUUUGAUGUAAAUCCAAACAGUUCUGUGACAUCACAGAUUUGAUCUGUAGUUCAAGCAGACAAGGCACACGUAAGUGACAACCUCUUUAUUGGCUAACAGGAAAUGACGCACUAUGCGUAUUUACCAACCCCAACCCCAGCCUCCACAAUGAUGGUGGCAGCAGCGACGCCAACAACAUCCGUGGUGGUGGUGAUGACAGCCACCCCACCAACCGCCGCCGCAGGCUGGAGACACUGCACCCUCGUCCUCUUUCCCACUGACCUCCCCCUUCGACAGAUCCUCCCCUGGCUCCUCCUUCCUCGCAGUCUUCGCCAGGGUCAUCUGCACAAGCACACCGAGGAUCAAAAUUGCUAG